UGCUGAACCAUGUUAAUCCCGGACAAACGAUUCCUAUUCACACAAUGUUUUAAUUGUUUUUUUUAAUAACAGAAAUUGCAUCCACCAAAACAUUGAUCGUUUAUUGAAACGCGGUGCAGGAAGCUGAAACGUUAACCAUGUCAAAUCGCAUCGCUUUCCAGACGCAGUUAGCUUCCAUUAUGGAGGUGCUGGCCAAUGCAGCGGUGGCUGAGAUAUGUAAACUCGUAGACGACGACUAUGCGGUUAUUAACUUACAAAUGACUCAAUGUCAGCGUGAAAACAAAGCCCUGAAGAGAAAACUACACAUACUGGAGCUGAAGAUGGCCCGGGGGUUUGCGGAGAGGAGGAUCAGUUCACUUAAUCGCGCUAACAGGGUUCAAGUGAGCGCCGCUUUGUCAGACAAAUACAGGAACCAAACUAACGAUGCCUUGUAUGGAACUAAUUUUAACAGAGGAUUAUGGAGGGGUGGAGGGACAGACUCGACUACACAGCAGCAGACUGUAAAAGAGAAGAACAGUAUGGCAGGAGGGGAUGCAGAAAUAUCUGAAGUUGACACAGUACUGAUAAAGGAUGAGAUGUUUGAGGAGGACCAAACAGAGCAGAGACUAUUUGUCAGAGAUGAUGGGUUAACAGAAACUUCAUUACAGACUGAAGCGGCAGAUUUUGGUGAUGUUCAGAUGCUGAAAGAUGAUGAUCAGGUCCCCAGGAUGCAGCAACAGACUUUGGAGCAGCAAAGAGAGGUGGAAAAUGGAGAACCAGAAACAAUAGUGAUAAAGGAUGAUCUGAACAACCCAUGGGAAGAAAGCAAGUCACAAAGAGCCAUAAUUGUGCAAGAUGAAGAGUCAAAUUCAGGCAUUUGUAAUGGCAGACAUUCUACCUCACCAGCCAAAAGGACAGUUGCAUUUGGAACAGAAAAGCCAGUAGAGUUGGAUUUUUCCCAUUUGAGGGAAAAUGGAUUGGAUAGGAGCCAGAAGACAGACAUCUCUCCAUCCACUGGACUACAAAUGAACAUACAGGGUGCUGUGGAAUCCAGUCCAAAUAGUUUGCAACAGUACCAGUACCACAAGUCUGCUGUUCGACCUAGCAAGGGCCUAACAACAGGAGAAACAGCAGCUCACACAAUCUCGGGGAACAAGGGAGCUGUGAAAAGCAGUACCUAUCUCACAAACCAGCUUGUAAUUAGCAAAGCAAGGACAUCCACUGAUACAUCAGAAACAGACUGCUCGUUGUAUGAGAGACCCGCAGAGCAUAGAAGUCGCUUUACAUGUUGGACCUCCUCUGUGCAACCAUCCUGCUCAUUUACCACAGAGCCCUACCAGGAUCAAGACUGUUUGCUGGUGGAAUCGGAGUCUGUAUCAUCAGUCAGAGGCUCAAAAAGUGGACUAAAUGCUCCAUCAACUACCCGAGCACAUGCUGUUAGAAGCUCAAAUCCAGCAGAGGGGCCCAUCGGGGAAGAGGAAGGAUGGAGUCAAGCCGUCAUUUUGAGGCAAGGACAAACUGAAUCAUCAGGCCACAUUAGUAGGCCAGAUGGAAUUCAGACAGAAAAUGCAUGUGGGACAAAUGCCUCACAUUUCACUGUGAUUCCUCAAAUGAUUACCAGCUUAACUCAGCCUGGGGCUUCUCUUGCCGGGCUCCAGCUCCCAGAUCACAUGGAGAAAUGUAAAAAGAAAAGCUACGUUUGUAGGUACUGUGGAAAGGCCUUCCCCGGGAUGUCCAAUCUUGUGGCCCACCAGCGAGUGCACACUGGGGAGAGGCCUUUUAAGUGUAAUACUUGUGGAAAGUUGUUCACAGAAGCAGGUAACCUGAAGAAACAUCAAAGAGUUCACACAGGAGAAAAGCCCUUCAUAUGUAGCCGUUGUGGGAAACGAUUCGCCUGGAUCUGCAACCUCAAGACGCAUCAGCAGUCAGCCUCCUGCGGAGGUGUCUGAAGACACAUUUAAUUGAACAUAUAGACAAUGGACGGGUUCCAAAUUAUGCCUUCUUACAAACACAGUGGUCUUCAAAGUUGAUUUUGAAAUACUGUUGUAUAAUGAUAAGUGGCAAAUAAUUAUAAUAGCUGAUUUUACACUAGAGAGCAAAAAGUAGAUAGAAAAUAUAAAAGAAAAAUGUAACAGUACAGUUGUCCAUGAAUUGUAAUAUUAACAAUGAACAGCAGGUGCUGCACAAGCACAAAUAAACGGAA